CUGCUCCUGCAUGGAAAUCAGCUCAUGAACUUGCACACGUCAAAUGAGGGAUGAAAUCGUUUGAUGCAUCGAAAUGCAUCCAAAAAAUAUCUUAUUCAAUUGUCAUUCUAGAAUCAGUCGAAUAGCGUCACAUUCGUGUCGAUCCUUGUACUCAACGGCAAAUUCAUCUGCACCACCAGUACAUCGCUUCCAAUAUCGCUGGAUUGACAGAGUUGAAUCUCUCGAAAAAUACAAGCCCGGUGGCUACCAUCCUAUAAUAAUAGGAGAUAUCCUUAACAAACGCCACCAAAUUGUCGAUAAACUAGGGUAUGGGGGAUACUCAACUGUAUGGCUUGCACGCGAUACCCAGCAGCAUCGGUAUGUCGCCCUGAAAGUUGGUAUAUCUGACUCUCGGCUACAAGAGGCUACAGUACUGCAAGUUCUCUCGGAUAAAAGGUCACACGCGCUUUCAACUCCCUUGACUAUAUCUGGAUAAGAAGUAAUCCCUCCAGUUCUAGACCAAUUCACUGUACAAGGUCCCAACGGAGCUCACCCUUGCUAUACAACUAUACCAGCAGAGCGUGAUCUCUAGGACGCGUCGUUUUUUCAUUUGUUCAAUCUAUAUGUGGCUAGAGUUUUGUGCGUGAAGCUUAUAUCAGCUGUCGCAUACAUGCACAGGCGUGGCUAUGCACAUGGAGAUAUUCAUCUCGGUAAUGUGAUGCUCAAGCUUUCUUCUGACUUGAAUAAUUUAUCCAUUGACCAGCUUUAUGAGACGUGUGGGAAACCUGAUGCAGUCCGUAUUUCUCGGGUUGACAAUCGUUCACUGCCACCAAAUGUACCCGAAAAAGCAGUUUGCCACUGUAUCUUGGUAAAACUGCGGACGAUGUCACUUUGGCGGACACACAUCUACUUCUUACUGACUUUGGCGAAGCCUUUGAGCCGGCUAUUCACAGUGAAGACUGUCGAUCUCCUCUUGGUACUUGGCCACCGGAAGCACGCUUUGAGCCUUCAUCGCCAUUCUCAUUUGGGGCAGAUAUUUGGACUCUCGCGCUUGCAAUGUGGAAAAUUGUUGGGAUGAAGGCUCUUUUUAGUGAAUAAUUUAUUACACCUGUCGGUGUUCUUGCGCAGCAAGUCGAUGUGUUAGGUGCUCUGCCACCCAAGUGGUGGGAGCAAUGGGAACAAAAAGAUCAGUUCUUCGACAGCGCAGGGAAUUCUACUCAAGGCGAAAACGCAUCACCACCCCUUGACGAUGCCUUUGACGCUUGGGUUCAAAAAUAUCGACAAAAACAAAAUGUCAGUGUCUUCUCACCGACGGAGAAGACGUCAUUUCUGAGACUGUUGCGUCAAAUGUUGCGUCAAAUGUUGGCCUUUGAUCCCAAAGAUAGGCCAACGGCAGAUGAGGUGUUGAGAUCCGAUUGGAUUCUUAACUGGGCUAUGAAAGACCUUGAACGUAGCCUUUCAUUCUCACAUUCUCAUGACCCAUAGACGCACUGGUUCACUCUGCAUAGUUGAUAUUUAACUCUAUCGUAUCGCCUCAUUAAACUUCUUAGCUACAGUACACUUGGCGGCAUGCUUGACACUUGGAUCCGACUCAGACGUGGCUGUGAGGGUAAUAAUACCACUAUCAGCACCGUCGGGUGAGACGCCCAUGGAUACAAAAACAGUCGAAGACUUGCCAAAUUCAGCUGCUACUAGAGAAUUGGGCAGCUCAGUCUUCCAACCCGACCCUUCAACAGCAGCAUUUAGUCGAUAUACUUCUCUCUUGGUGUUAGCAGAGUCCAACUCGCUAAACUUUGGGCUGCCCUUAUUGGUUAUCGUGAAAGAACAAAAUACUCCGGUAGUCGUUGGUGUUUGCUUAUCCAGCUUCACCGGCUCGCCUUGGGCAACCUCAACUGCCUGGGUAUGAGGGCCUUUACCGUCGAGAGAUCUUACUGCGACAGUGUAUGAUAGUUCUCCUUCAGGAGAUCGAUGACGGUCAACCACAUAUAUAUGUAAGCCGUUAUCUUUGUCGAUAUGCUCAAACUGGCUUCCGGAUUUACCACCAGCGUGGAACAGGGCGUCAAGAAGCUGACGAAAAUCACCUAGUGUGAUCUUUGCUUCUUUACUGUUGGGACGAAUAAAGUCAACGAGGCCAAGAUCUUUCGGAUUCGCGUCGAUUACCCAUUGGAAAGGCAUGGAGCUAUCACUGUACUUGACUUUCGUGAUAAGAACGCCUGAAUCUGCCUGGAAGGAAUCGGAGCCUAGCCGGUCAACAACCUCAAUAUCAUAAGCGUUGUAGCCACCGCCGUCACAUAAGGGAUCGGACCUAGUGUCACAUUUUGGAGCCCUAUCCUUGCCAAUGUCGAUGCGAAUUCCCAUCGUCUUUCCCGCAAUAACACGGGCAGUAAUCUGUGCCGUGAUGAGCCCCGACUUGGCCAACCCAUCUCGCGUGGCUUUUAUGACUCUACUCUCAUCUACUAGCUUCAGUUGAAUCUUAUCUCGCAUGGUGUGUGGGGAUCCCAAGGCGCCACCCUGGGUUGGAGGAAUAUGCCACCGUGUGUGCGGGCCUCCUGGCCCAUUAAAGGUUCCUCUCGACAUCAUGGACCAUGGACCAGUGAAUGAUCGCCUCAUAGGGUUGCCGAAAGGAUUGUUAUAGUUAUCCCAGAUCUUCAGAAGAUGGCUGAGCUCGUGAGCAUACACGCCCAUACCCGAACUCUCGCCCUGGAUUGAGGAACUUGGAAAAGCGUGAGGCCAGAUGGUGGCACCGGCUUGCCAACUAGUCCAGGCGACGUAACGAGUGGUGGCAGCGUUCUUCAUGGCUUUUGAUCCGCUAUCGGGAGGCGGCCCAAACGCGUCGGGAAUCUCGUCCUUGCUGUUGAACUUCAUCUCUCCAAAUUCUUGCCAUGUCGAUGAUUCGUCAUGCCCAGCUGCCACAACAAAAAUGAGCUCAUAUUUUCCAGACUCAUUGCCCGUUUCUUUCUUGAAUGCAUUGAUAGCGACUCUGUGAGCAUCUUGACCACAUUUUCCUUUGCUUGGGCAAGAUCCGCCAUCACCAAUACCGUAUUCCCAGGACCGCGCUGGUAGCUUAUAUGGCCCAAACGCCGUCAGCUCUACACCGAACCGUCCAGCAGAGUCUUCCAUCCAAUAUUCAUGCAAUGUGUGCCCUCUGUUCAAAUCGCCAGGCUUGUUAAGAAAGUCGCGGUAAAAUGCAGGCACGUCGCUUCGUGGAAUAUUAUUGGCCGCUGGCUGCGGGUUACCAAAUACAGUGGCUCCUGGCUUCAUUGAUAUAACGAAAGACGUAUCCGAAUAGUCGAUCGCAACGAGAGCAAUUUUGAAAUUUCGGACGGAGCCCUUGCGAUUAGGGUCAUUCCAGCUAGUUCCUGGUGGCUUCUUGUAGUCUUCCCAUGUCAUAUUGUCUGGGUUAACCCAUCGUUGAGGAUCGAGAGGUUGGAACGGGAGCUGCGCCGGGGCUGGUUCAAGAUGUCUAGUCGAUGGCAAGGCAGCAACUUGAGCAUACCCUAUUAAAGGCAAUGUUGUGAUCAACCAGGAUAUGCCCAUCUUGACAAUGACUUCCUGAGCUUGAUAUUGCUAGUCGCAGCGCGUUGAUUACAGUUUAUAGGAUCGGUCAUGCCGUCGUGAUCCGAAAGGAAAGAUGAUACGAUCAUCAUUUUUUCCCAAAGAAAAAGAAAUUAUAAUUUCACAUUCUCGGUUAUAUGUUACGUGAUUUUGACUCUGAUGUUGUCACAAAAUGUUCAAAAUAGAGUGUCCAGAUUGAUGUAACCGCCAAGGAAGCCAAUGGCACUUCAGAGCCGAAACAUAUACGAUUGGACAAGCAGGAUCAUUAGAUAAAUAACGAAUAUGAUUGACCCGGUAAUAAACCAAAAAAGAACCAAUUUCGGAAAUUUCGUCAACUGGGGUGCUAUGCGACUUACAAGUGCUGUGGAGAUGGCUUCAUAUCGCUCACGUGUACCUUUGUAAACGCACCUAGUCUCUACCACACACUGCAUCCAGCUCGGCACUCACCUCCCGUCUCGUCUUAGACAGUCGUUCUAUAUUAUAACACGGUUCGCAAAUUACAGAAGCCCCUACUAGCAUAAGAUUCGUUUCAAAACCCCGAAACAACAUGGCAGCAACCCCGCAAACCGAUACUGCCCGUCCUUGGUAUGCCAGUCUGCCGGAACCCAAGGCUGAGUGCGGUGCUUUGGAUAAUGUAGAGGUGAUGAAGAUGCUUGAGGCGACUACAUCAGGAGAUCAAAAAGCCGCUAGAAAGUAUCUUUUGGUUGAUGUCCGACGGAACGACUGGGAGGGAGGAACCAUUGCGACAUCGAUCAAUUUGCCUGCCCAGUCACUGUAUCAGACACGACCAAUUAUCUACCAACUUUGCCAGCAAGCUGGAAUUGAACAGGUAUUAUUCUACUGCGGCAGCUCUACCGGGCGAGGCACGCGAUGUGCUCGAUGGAUGCAAGACUACAUCAACGAAGUUGGCGACACCAAGAUGAAGGCGGCCAUUGUCAGAGGCGGCAUCAAAGGGUGGCAAAAGUCCUUUGGGGCCAAAAUGAUCGAAGGCUACGAGGAAAGGGUCUGGAAAGACAAAGCUCAGUAGUGGUAUUGAACACGUCCUAUAAACGCCAAUCGUUUGUCCAACGGCGAGCGCAAAAAUAAAUCCACACAAAUUAACACAACGUCAAAUUUUUCACAUGUCCUCUUUGUAUGCUGUAUUGUCCCAUAAACGCCAAACAAUUUAUCACAAGAAAUUCAAAUCGCAGUCGUCCCUGUUCCGCUUCGUCUAUCGGUGUUGUCUGUCGUCGCCGCC